CACUGAGCAGGCCGCGUCAGCACAUUUUGCCUCACUUCUCCCCUCGUUCUUGUCUAAUAACCCUUUUCAGACUAUAGACCCCUUUAGGGCAUCUCGAACAUGGCAGAGGAAAUCUCAUACCCGGUGGAGCUGUACGUCUACGACCUGUCCGGCGGUCUCGCACGUCAGCUAUCCGCCAGCCUGCUCGGACGACAAAUCGAUGCCGUAUACCACACGAGCAUCGUCAUCAAGUACAGCACUCCCCGGGAAUUCUUCUUCGGACAGGGCAUCAGUGUGACUUCUCCUGGUGGCAGCCACCAUGGAAGGCCCAUGGAAAUCGUCCCGCUCGGCAGUACCAGCAUAGACGAGGAGACGUGGAAUGAGAUCCUGCAAGAUCUGAGAGGGCGGUAUACCCCAGCAGCCUACAAUCUCAUGACCAACAAUUGCAAUAAUUUCUCCGACGAGGUGGCCAAUAUCCUGGUGGGAAGAUCUAUUCCGGCGCAUAUCACAUCUCUUCCGUCCGACUUCCAGAAUGCUAUGGGAGCAACGGCGGCCAGGCGUGGCAAUGGGCCAAUGGCUGGUCCAGCUGGACCCUCGCCCCUCCUUGGACUGAUGGACCAAUUCAAUCAAAGGGCACAGGGUGGUUCCUAUGGUCAGCAGAGUGCUCCUGCUGCCGCCUUAGCCUUGGGCUCAACUUCUGGUUCACCACCUCCUGCGAAUCUCAUCGACAUCACCUCGGCACAGCACCUCAAUGAAACACUACAAAGGUGGAAUUGCGCUGUUGUGCUGUUCACCAACACAAAGACCUGCCCUCCGUGCAAGAUGCUUCACCCGAAGUUCGUAGAGAUGGCGAGGGAAUAUUCAGCCCCUGUACAAGCAUCCUUGAAGAAGCAUAAGAACAUCGCAUUUGUUGUCGUGGACUCAUCACCGGCCACGCAGACACUCAUGGCCAGCAAUGGGAUCAGGGGGACACCUACGCUCAAAUUCUUCGUGAAGGGCAGGGAAAGGCACAGCUUCAGCGGAGCAGACGUGGCAGAGCUGCGCUCCCAAGUCGACUUGACCCUCUUUGAGAUCUGGGUGGCCCACCCUCACACGCAGCUGAAGCCUCCUCUGACGUCGAAGAAGAGCAUUCCGAAAGAGUACAUUAUCUCAUCUUCUAUACCCAAUUUUGCGUCGGCGGUCAGAGUGCUGGACGAAGCCGUGUCUGCUCUCAAGACUAGCGACUUCAAGGCCAAGGCAGAUGUGCAAGACUGUCGCAAGGUCAUUGCUAAGCGCGUCGUACCCUGGCUAGAGGCCAGAUUCGGAGCGAAUGGCGACCCCAAGAAGGUCCUGACGCAGGAAAUUGCGACGGCCUGGAAAGUGGCAUCGCGGAUACUGAUGGAGAAGCUGCCUAUGACGGCCGUCUUCCCACUGAUUGACAUGCUUCGCGUUGCAACUCUCGACGAUACUGCGCUCCUGGCACUCGGCGACGUUCCCAAGACGACGAUCCACCAGGCGAGCAAAAUUCUCGAAGGCGCAACGGAUGGGACUUCCAAUCGACCUCUGUGGCUAACAACGCUCCGUCUAGCAGGCAACGUCAUGAGCAACCCCUUUUCCCUCGGCACAUCCGAAGACUUCGAGCCGAUUGUCUCCCUCAUCUUCUCGGGGAUGCUGCAGGAGGACAAGGCCAUCAGGAACGCCUCCUCCUCUGCUGCUUUUAACGUCUGUCUCUUCAAGACCAAAGGCCGCGUAGACUUCAUCGAGCGAGAUGUAGCUGCGCGCAACGGCGACUCUUCUGACAGUGGGGUGUUGUUGGGUGAAGACUUUGACACUCAAGCCCUCUCUGCCCUGGUGCAUGCGAUUGAGAAUGAACACGAGUCAGUGGAGACGCUCCAUCGACUUCUUGCGUGCGUAUUUCAGCUGCAGUACCUCUCAGAGCAUUACGAGGAGCACAAAGAGUUGCUCGAGGUUCUGGACCUUGCGACGAUACUCGAGGGCAAAGAAGAGAUGGAAUUGCUCAAGGGCGCUGUAAAAGAGGAGGAAAUUAGGACGCUAUUGAAGGACUGUGCUAGGCUUUUGAAGACGUAGAUGGAGUUCAGCGCGGCCAAGGUCAGAAUUUUGUAGAUACCCAAAUCAUAAAUACAGGUCAAUGCUCAAGUGUAUUGCAGCGAUAAUGAAAUGAUCACAGAGUCGCAGCUCUGACACUCUGGUUUGCAAUCCGA